AUGAGGAGUACCAGCAAGGAGCUGCACGGGGCCGCGAGCCGCUACGCUCCCUGCGACUGGUAUUACCACCUUCCUGUGAAGCAGUCAGAGAAAGCCGUGGAUGCCCCACCAGCAUCGCAGAUUCCCGGCCUCAGUGACCCGAGGGAAGCCCCUAGUGGGCACACGCUUGGACUGCGGAGGUACUGGGUGAAGGAGACGGACUCGGAGUACGUGAAGCUGGCCAAGCAAGGUGGCCGCCCUGAUCUGUUGAAGCACUUUGCCCCCGGGACCACGAAGGGCUCCCCGGUGGCCUACUCCUUGCCAGACUGGUACAUCCACCACAGCAAGCCGCCGACGGCAGACCAGAGACAGGUCCCUGCUGUGUCCAUACCUGACUACAUGGUUUAUGAAGAGUUUAACCCUGAUCAGGCCACUGGCAACUUCGAGUCCAGAAUGGGCCCCUUUGACUUUGACAUGAAGACGAUCUGGCAAAGAGAGGCCGAGGAACUUGAAAAGGAGAAAAAAAAGGUGAGGCUGCCAGCCAUCAAGUCCAAGUAUCCAAGCAAAGUGGGGACCCCUCUUGGCCACAGAGAGCCUGCAGGAAGCAAACUGUCCUUUCCACCCAUACCUGGUCAAAGACCCAGUUCACCUACAAACUUUUCCAAACUGAUUAGCAAUGGAUAUAAGGAUGAGUGGUUACAGCAGCAAGCGGACUCAGACAAGAGGGCCCCGCAGACCCCUCAGUCCUCUGUCUCAUCUCCGUCCCCACCGGACGCUGAGCCGCCCGCAGACCCAGAGGCUCCCAGAGACGCCAAGGAAGCCGCAGAGUCUUCUCCUCCGAGUUCAGCAGCACCUCCACCUGACUCAACACCUGUGGAGCUCAAAUAAACCCGGACAUAAAGGGCAUCCUGGAUCUCUGUUACGGCUGUAGUCACAAGUCCCCUGUUAUGGUUUAUUAACACA